GUGAUGUUAAGUAAAUAAAUAUGUGCUUUGCCUUAGCUAGAUAGCUAGCUAUCCGAGAAGAAUCAGUGCAGUUCACUUUCCCACGAGCUGACCAACAACAAGGGGCGCUGUACACAAAGGCCCAUGUGAACAACCUCUCGCAUCCAAGAAUAGAACCCUUCUAGACGACACAGCCUUCCCAUUCCCCUCUGACUGAUCAGGCUAACCCUCCAAGCGCUGAAGUCACAGCACAGAUGUCGUCGGGAUGCCCUCCCCAGUCCCCCGCGGUGGCGAAGACCGAGGUUUCGCUGGAGGGCGAGUCGCCGAUGCUGGCCGCGACCUUCGCCUACUGGGACAACAUCCUGGGGCCGCGCGUCCGCCACAUCUGGGCCCCGCGGUCCGAGGAGCCCCUGCUCCUGAGCGACGGCGAGAUCACCUUCCUGGCCAACCACACGCUGAACGGCGAAAUCCUGCGCAGCGCAGAGUGCGGGGCGGUCGACGUGAAGUUCUUCGUCCUGGCGGAGAAGGGAGUCAUCAUCGUGUCGCUCAUCUUCGACGGCGAGCUGAAGGGAGAUAAGAACACCUGCGCGCUGUCGCUGAUCCUGCCGCAGACGGAGCUGCCCUUCUACCUGCCGCUGCACACCGUGUGUGUGGAGCGCCUCAAACACAUCAUCCGCAAGGGCCGCAUCUGGAUGAAGAAGGGCUACAGCAUCGUUUCGGUCCUGACCUCUGAGAUCGUUCCCAUCAUGGAGCUCCUGGCCUCCAUGAAGGCCCACAGCGUUCCGGAGGACAUCCAUAUUAAGGACACGGUUCUGAAUGACGAUGACAUCGGGGACAGCUGCCAUGAGGACUUCCUGCACAAAGCCAUCAGCUCCCACCUCCAGACCUGUGGCUGUUCUAUGGUGGUGGGGAGCAACCCAGACAAAGUCAACAAGAUUGUUCGCACCCUGUGCCUGUUCCUCACACCUGCAGAGCGCAAGUGCUCCCGCCUCUGCAGGCCCGAGUCUUCCUUCCGCUACGAUACGGGCCUGUUCGUCCAGGGCCUGCUGAAGGACUCGACGGGCAGUUUCGUGCUGCCCUUCCGGCAGGUUCUGUACUCGCCCUACCCCACCACGCACAUUGACGUGGACGUGAACACGGUCAAGCAGAUGCCCCCGUGUCACGAGCACACGUACAACCAGCGCCGCUACAUGCGCUCGGAACUCAGCGCGCUGUGGAAGGCUGCCAGCGAGGACGACAUCGGGCCUGAGACCGUCAUCCACGCUGACGAGACCUUCACCCCCGACCUGAAUGUGUUCCAGGAUGUCAUGCACAAAGACACUCUGGUGAAGUCCUUCCUGGAUGAGGUGUUCCUACUGAAGCCGGGUCUGGGUCUGCGCAGCACCUUCCUGGCGCAGUUCCUCCUGCUGCUCCACCGGAGGGCGCUCACGCUGCUCAAGUACAUUGAAGACGAGACGCAGAAGGGGAAGAAGCCAUUCCGCUCGCUGCGCAGCCUGAAGGCUGACCUGGACCUCCCGGUGGAGGGUGACCUCAGCAUCGUCAUGGCGAUGGCGGAGAAGCUGAAGGCGGGGCUUCACUCCUUUGUCUUUGGGAAGUCCUUCUACACCAGCGUGCAGGAACGCGACGUCCUGAUGAGCUUCUAACCAAUCACAGAGCCCCGUCCAUGGCCUAUCCCCCCUCCCUCAGAGCUGCAGUUGGUGGUGUAUCAGUGUGUCCUGCAUGCAGAGGAACAAACCUCCUUUUAGCAUUUUGCCUCUGCUCUGCUUUCAGAUCAACUCAGUCCAGAUGAUUUUCGCUGAACAAAUGUCAGGGAAUGUUUACAAGAUUUAUUUAUUUUUAUUUAGCUUUUGCCGUACAAAUCUCAGAAAUAGUUUGCCUCGAUAUUAUUCGUGGAGGGCAGGGACUGGAGGAUUAAUGGGGAAACCAUUCCGACGUGCCCAUAGGAAUGGGAAUCGGUGAUAGAUGGGAAAUAUGGAAAAGGAGGGAUGGGGAAGAAUCUGGGAAUGUUCGUAUAGGAGUCCCUUAAAGAUGGGGAACGUGGAGGAAUCUUGAAGUGCCAAUGCUAGGAGGAUCCGUGUGGUAUUCCCUUAGGAUAACAGCGUUCCUGUGGGAUAGUCGGUGUGCCUCGUUACUGGGAGGGAAAUGCAGUCGGAGAGAGUAGACCGGAGCCCUCUGUGCCUCUGAACAGCCUCGGUCCUCCUGCAGCUCGGUAGCGGGACUUAGCCUGCGCGCUAAUUGUGUUUCACUCUCCUGUGCAGCCGCCCGCUCUGUAGAGCCAUCGAUUGCGUGACCGGCGGCCGUCCGUGACUAAUGGCGGUGUUCACACCGUGUUUUGUGUUCUGAGGGCCGCCGUGACCGCUGUCACAGAGCUGUCGCGGCCCUGCGUCGGGGGGUAUGUUCACAAACGACACGUCAAUUAGUCUUUCCUGCGUGGAGCACUGUUCAAUUUUCCACAAGCUCCCCGGCACUUUGCCUUCCUGCUUUAAUAUCGCCACGCUUAUUAUGAGCUCCAAAAAACAAACACCUGCUGUAGGGAACACACAUUAUGAAAAACAUUUUUUGCUGGAAUAUCCAGUUGGUGGCUGACCUAUCAUGUGGCUGCUGUGUCUGGUGACUGGCCUAUCAUAUUACGGACCUCUAUGGUCACUUGAGCGCCAUGGUGACUGCCCUCUAUGUUAGGGAUCAGCAAAUCAGGGUCCUCAGGGCCUGCUGGUUUUCCACCCUCCCUUUACUAGGGAGUCAGGUGUGAAGACAGUCUGGCCAAUCGGUAGCACCAAUUACCCAGGAGAAAAUAAAACCCGGGCUGGAUUUGUAUGCGAGGGCCAGAGUUGAUGAUCCCUGCUCCCUGGCGAGUGACCUAUCAGGUGACUGAUCGCCGUCGAUGCGUUUCCUGUCAGUUGUGUAUUAUUUCCUCUGGAGAGCAAACACCCGAUGCUGGUAAAGUGAUUUUUCUUUUCUUCUGUCAAGGGCUCCGCUAAGGCAGACCUGUGUAAAGUGAGGCAUUAAUGGAACUGUCAUAUUCGGUUAUUGUCUUGUCACUUCUGUUCAGAGACCUCCAUUUUAAAGGCAUGCAAAGCACAGAUAAUUGAAUCUAAUGGCUGAUAAUAAUAUCUUCUGUCAUUAGUUCUGAAUUAAGCUGGAAUUUGCUGUUAAUUAAGAUUUAACUUUGUGUUUGUUCUUUAAUAACCUUGGCAGAGACAAAAGGUCUUUAAAUGGUUCCUGUUCUCACAUGUGCAGUUUGGCUGCAGCUCCACUUAAUCUUCUCUUUGCUCGUGCUAUGCGGAUAUUUCACUGUGCUAUGCUGAAUUAUUGUUGUAUUAUUUAUCUUGUGUGAUCACUGGAAUAUGUCAAUAAAUUGUGUCUUAUUUGAAUCCA